AUGGUGAUUGCCUACAAGGAGUUGUUCAGAACUGGAAACCAUAUCUACUAUGGUCCAACCAUGGUAGAUAUUGGAGCAGUCAUGUAUAUAGAAAACGAACUUGUCACCCUCUUUAGAUUGAGAAACAUGCUUAAGGUUGGGGUGAAUGGUAUUGUAGCUAUCUCUUUAGCCAUAAUGUAUAUGAUAACAGAUGUUAAGGAAGUCGAGAAAAGCAUUAGGACUUCCUCUGAGCCUAAGAGUCUCCUGCAAGACUUCAUGAUAUUAGAUAUUGAUGAGCAAGAUGAGAAAGAGCUAGAGAAACAGAAUAUAAGCUAA